UUCUUCUCUCAUCACAGACUUGGUGGCUGUAAGAUCCAAAGGGCUGAAUGUGAAGUUGUGGCCUCAGCUCUGAAGUCCAACCCAGAUCUGACUGAACUGGAAAUAAAUCAGAUCAACAUAAGUGGAGGUGGAGAAUCUGAUAUGAAGAAUGUGUCUGAGAUCCUGGAGAGUUCAGUCAGUAAAGUGAAGAAUCUGAGAUUGUAUGGCUGCAGUUUGUCAGAGACCAGCUGGACGUCUCUGUUCUUAGCUCUGAAGUUCAACCCGACCCAUCUGAUAGAACUGUUCCUGAGCAGAACAAACCUGGAAGGUUCUGGACUGAAGGAGCUCUGUGGUUUUCUACAGACUGGAGGCUGCAGACUGGAGACAUUGGAGUUGAAUGACUGCAGUUUGUCAAAGAUCAGCUGUGAUUUUCUGGCCUCAGCUCUGAAGUCCAACAGCCUCCAGGUGACAGAACUGAACCCGAGAAACAACAACCUGAAGGAUUCAGACGUUCAGCAGCUGAAGGAUCUUGUAAAGACUUUACAGUUCUGAUCUCUGUAAAGUAGAGAACGGUCUCUGUGUCCUGCUGAUCCUCAGAGGUUGAAGCUGCAGCAGUUUGAGUCUAAAGAGACUCUGACUGGAUCAUCCUGAUGACCUCUGACCUCCAAGAUUUCCAAAUAAACAUUUUCUCAUGUCUGUCAUUUACUGUCUGAUAUUGUUUGUCUCUUUGGAUCAAUAAAGAUCCGAUUCAAACUGAGCUC